GAUGACGUCAACCGCCUCCACACCUGGACCCAGCCUCUCUGAACCAAAAUGUUUUUCUGGAGUGUCUCCAAGCACUGGCCGGCACAGCUUCCUCCUCAUCUCAAGACUUCUCGGCCUACUGGCCCCUGAGGGAGGGCUGAAAGGGAGUGUUACUGAGUCCUGGGGAGUCACCAGGACUAGAGAAGUAGAGGCUCUCCAGAAGAUUCUAUCCAGAACCUCCCCGGAACGCCCCCGCCAGGCAGCGAUGCCAGGAUGCCCGUCUCUGCGUCCCUCCACCAGAACGGCAGCCAGGAGCGGCCGGCGAGCCUGACCUCCACGACCUCCUCGUCGGGCUCCUCCCGCGACAGCCGUGGGGCCAUGGAGGAGCCCAGCGGCUCCGAGGCUUUGGCUGAGAACGGGGAGGGCUCCCCGAGUGGCCAGCAUCUCCCCAACAGCAACAACUCCAGCGGCUGGCUGCGGGGGUCCCUGUCGCCCUUCAGCAAACGCACGCGGCCGGUGGCGCCUGCGGACAAGUUCGGCUACCUGGGCCGCGUGGUGCGGGAAAUCGUGGAAACGGAGCGCACGUACGUGCGGGACCUGCGUAGCAUCGUGGAGGACUACCUCUUGAAGAUCAUUGAUACGCCUGGGCUGCUGAACCCAGAGCAAGUCAGCGCCCUCUUUGGGAACAUAGAAAGCAUCUAUGCACUGAACAGCCAGCUACUCAGAGACCUGGACAGCUGCAACAGUGACCCCGUGGCCGUGGCCAGCUGCUUUGUGGAAAGGAGCCAAGAGUUUGAUAUCUACACUCAGUAUUGCAACAACUACCCCAACUCGGUGGCCGCCCUGACCGAGUGCAUGCAGGACAAGCAGCAGGCCAAGUUCUUCCGGGACCAGCAAGACUUGCUGCAGCAUUCGCUGCCCUUGGGCUCCUAUCUCCUGAAGCCGGUCCAGCGCAUCCUCAAGUACCACCUGCUGCUCCAGGAGAUCGCCAAGCAUUUUGAUGAGGAAGAGGACGGCUUUGAGGUGGUGGAAGAUGCCAUUGACACCAUGACGUGUGUGGCCUGGUACAUCAAUGACAUGAAGAGGAGGCAUGAGCAUGCGGUCCGGCUCCAGGAGAUUCAGUCUCUGCUCCUCAACUGGACGGGGCCAGACCUGACCACCUACGGGGAGCUCGUCCUGGAGGGCACGUUCCGCGUGCACCGUGUGCGCAACGAGAAGACCUUCUUCCUCUUCGACAAAGUGCUGCUCAUCACCAAGAAGCGGGGUGGCCACUUUGUCUACAAGGGCCACAUCCCGUGUUCCUCCUUGAUGCUGAUCGAAAGCACCCGUGAGUCCUUGUGCUUCACCGUCACGCAUUACAAGCAUGGCAAACAGCAGUACAACAUCCAGGCCAAAACGGUGGAGGAGAAACGGAAGUGGACUCACCACAUCAAGAGGCUCAUUCUGGACAACCACCAUACCACCAUCCCCCAGAAGGCCAAAGAAGCCAUCUUGGAAAUGGAUUCCUAUUAUCCCAAUCGGUACCGCCACAGCCCUGAGCGCCUGAAGAAGGGCUCCCAGGACGACGUGUUCACACACAUGCACCAGGGGCGCCGGCAGUCUGAGCCGACCAGACAUCUGUUCAGGCAACUCAGUGAGAAAGCCAGAGCUGCAAGAGUGAAGCACGCGGGCAGUGUUGGCACGCUCCUGGACUUUGGACAGCCCCCCUGUGCUCGGGGCCUGCAGUCGGAGGCCGAAGGGGCUGCCCAGGAGGAGCAGGAGGAGGGGAAGGAACGCAGGGAGUCUGAAGACUCCAAGAGCUGCGGGAGGACCAGGAGCCGGUCUCCAACUCCUGAGGAAAAGUGCCUGAACUUUGAGUCUGUCACUUCCCUGCCGGAGGUUGAGCCAGACACCGAGUCUGGGACCGAACAGGAGGUGUUUGCUGCUGUGGAAGGUCCCAGCACCGAAGAGAUGCCCUCAGACACAGAGGCCCCCGAGGUCCUCGAAAUGCAACUUGACCCCCACCAGCUGCUGCUGGGGCUGGAACCCCCUGAUGACAUGGCAGAAUUCAUGGUGGCCGAGAGCACCGAGGACCCUAAGGCCCUGAGCAGCGAGGACGAGGAAGAGGAGGUGGGGGCUCCCCACGAGCCUGAGAGCCUCCUGCCUCCCUCCGUGCUGGAUCAGGCCAGCGUCAUUGCCGAGCUGUUCGUCAGCAGUGUCUCUCGGCGGAGCAGCCUGGCCCUGGAGGAUGGCAAGUCCAGUGGCUUCGGGACCCCAAGGCUGACCAGCCGGAGCAGCAGUAUGGUCAGCCUAGAGGAUGGUGAGAAGGGCCCGGCCCCGCGUGGCAGCACCACAGACUCCCUGGGCUCUCAGCUCCUUCCAGAAGCGGACCUCGGUGUGCGGGUGGCCGCAGAGAGCGAACCUUCUGUCAAUGGGAUGGAGGCCCCGGGCCCAGGCUGCCCAGCGGAGCCAGACAGGUCUUCCUGCCCGAAGGAAUCGAAACUUUCCUCCCAAGACCGGCAGUUGCUGGACAGAAUCAAGAGGUACUACGAAAACGCAGAGCACCAAGAUGCAGGCUUUAGCGUCCGGCGCCGGGAGAGCCUCUCCUUCAUCCCCAAGGGGCUUGUGAGAAACUCGGUCUCCAGAAUCAACAGCCUUCGCAAGCCAGACCCAGAGCCGCAGGCUCCACUGGGGCCUAAGAGACAGGUGGGCUCACGGGCAGCCCUCUUUGACUGCCCAGGAUCAGGCCAGGCUGGCGCUGGGGACCCAGCUCCUAUCACAGAUGCUGAGUUCCGCCCGUCCUCGGAAAUGGUAAAGAUCUGGGAGGGAAUGGAGUCUCCCAAGGGGAGCCCUCCGAAGGGGCCGGGCCAAGGCCAGGCCAACGGCUUUGACCUGCACGAGCCCCUGUUUAUCCUGGAGGAGCACGAACUGGCGGCCAUCACCGAGGAGUCGGUGGCUGCCUCCCCAGAGAGCGCCUCCCCCACCGAGCCCCGCAGCCCCACCCACCUGGCCCGGGAGCUGAAGGAGCUGGUGAGGGAGCUGAGCAGUGACGCCCAGGGGAAGCUGGUGACCCCACUGCACCCCCACAUCCUGCAGCUCUCCCACGUGAUGGAUAGCCACGUGAGCGAACGAGUCAAGAACAGGGUCUACCAGCUGGCUCGCCAGUAUAGCCUCCGGAUCAAGAGCAGAUCGGUGAUGGCCAGGCCUCCGCUGCAGUGGGAGAAGGAGGCUUCCACCAUCCCCCUGGUGCAGGAGGAGGUUGGAGCACCAUCCGGUGGCACAGGUGUGAGCAAACCGGGGCCGCCUCUCUCCAACCACGAGCAGCCUGCAGUCCAGGAGCACAGCCCGCCCAGGCCUGGCUCUUCCAUGGAGAUGUCGCCACGGCAUAUCUCCUUCAGCUCCUCAGCCACCAGUCCAAGGACCACCCCACCAGGGGCCUGGCAUGGCCCCCGAAGCCCCUUCGACACUGAGACCUUCAACUGGCCCGAUGUCCGAGAGCUCUGCUCCAAGUAUGCCUCCCGGGACGAGGCACUCCAGACCAAGGGUGGCUGGCCCAGCAAAGUGCCAGUCAACCGGAGCCGCUCGCUGCCGGAGAACAUGAGGGAGCCGCAGCUGGCUCCUUCUGGCAGGUUGGGCCGCUGCAGCAGCCUCAAGGCCAGGAGGGCCCCGGUGAGCCCAGAGGCGGCCCAGCCCCAGCCUCUGGCGGAGUCUCCACCAAGUGAGCCUGACAGAGGGGAGGCCCUGCAUGUCACCGCAGACCUCACGCUGGAGGACAACCGGCGGAUGAUCAUCAUGGAGAAGGGGCCCCUGCCUGGCUCUGCCACAGGGCUGGAGGCGGCCAGCGGGCAGGGACCGAGCUCUGCAGCCGCCCAGACGGGGAAGGACCAGGAGUUGCAGGAGUCUGCAGAGUAUCGGCCUAAGGAAGAGGGUCCCAGGGAUCCGGCAGACCAAAGCCAGCAGGGCAGAGUGCGGAACCUGAGGGAGAAAUUCCAGGCCUUGAACUCCAUAGGCUGACUCUGAGUCCUGGGGUAGGGAGCAGCCGGGCUGAGGGGUAGGGAGGAACCAGCGCCCACAGCUGGGCUCACCUUGCUCACUUCACCCCCUUCCCGGCCCUCAGAAAGGCCGCCCCUGGGAGAGCACCUGCCGUGGACCGGGACUUGCCGGCAACUUGACAUAGGCCCAUACGAGCCCCUUCCCCUGUGAGGCCUGUGUGGCCCCUUUCCUUGUAUAUAGUUCUGGUAAGAAGCCAGAUAUUUAAACUCAUCUCUUCCCAGGGAGAGCAAGCCCAGCUCAGGCCUCCAGCGUUGCCUGGCCACUGCCAGACCCAGGGCCCACCCAGGGGACACAUAGGAAGCUGGCCUGGGGAGGCUUUGCUCUUUAACUGUGCCUUUUCUUAGGAUCCAGGCAGGCACGUGGCCCAUAAUUUAUUGCUUUCCAUCCUGUGGUAUGUUAGUGUCCUCGUGCGCACGUGCGUGUAUGCGUGUGUGUGUGUGUAUGUGUGUGGCUUCUCCCCUCCCAGGAAAAAUGUCAUGGACUCUAUUCAGGUACUUUUGUGUGUUGUCUUGCUGGCCCUGUGGUUGUCGCUAAUGUACACACAUUUCAUUAUUUGCCAAUGGUGUAAUAACCACUGCUGACCAACCAA